CCUACUCACUCUAUAUAAACACAACACAUUAAGUUUGUGCACCAAAUUAAAGUAGCUACCAAUCAACCAUACAAAGAGAGUUAGCACUAACAUAUAUAGUUUUGAGGAUGGUGUUGAAAGUGGAAUUACUUUCCAAAGAGAUGAUGAUCAAGCCAUCAUCACCAACUCCACCUCACCUCAAAACCUUCAAACUAUCCUUUCUUGAUCAAAUCUCACCGCCCCUUUUCGUCCCUCUCAUCUUCUUCUUCCAUCAUGGUGAAGAUGAUCAUGGCCGUUCAUCACAACUGCUAAAGCAAUCUUUAUCGAAGGUCUUAACCCUGUUUUAUCCCUUAGCUGGACGGAUCAAAGGAAACGAUUUCAUUGAUUGUAGUGAUGAUGGCGCACUGUGGGUUGAAGCUCGCGUUCAUGGCUUCCUCAAAGAUGUGGUUGAGAAUCCAUUAAUGGAGGAGUUAGAAAAGUUUCUUCCCGUAGAGUCUUAUAGUGAUGAUGAUAGUGAGUUAAUGCUUGGUGUUCAAGUAAAUCAUUUUCUUGACGGCGGAAUAGCCAUCGGGGUUUGCGUGUCGCACAAGAUCGCCGAUGGGCUCUCUCUCGUCAACUUCGUCAAUGCAUGGGCCGUUACCGCCCGCGAAGGAGACGCCGCCGCCGGGAAAAUCUCGCCGCCCAAUUUCGGGUUGGUGACGUCUCUCUUCCCGCCAACCAACACAGACCUGUCCGAGUUUGGAUUCUCGCAUACCUUAUGCAUGACGAGGGAAAAGAUCGUCACCAGGCGCGUCCUGUUCGAUAAAGAAAAGCUGGCAGCUCUGAAGAAAUCUGCGGCGGCAGAGUCGUCGGGAGUGGAAAACCCCACACGCGUGGAGGUCCUCUCCGCCUUCUUGUGGAAGCAAUAUAUCGAGGCAAGUAGAAAAAGAUCCCAAGACGCUUCGAUGAAGAAAACGUUCCGGGCCACCCACAACGUGAACCUCCGUGCGAGGAUGAAUCCACCGCUCCCCGAAGCGACGUUCGGGAACCUUUGGAGUCCGGUAGAAACGCCGCCGUCGGAAACAUGCCCAGACGACGCUCACCUGGUGUUUCAAUUGAGAACUUCCAUGAGGGAAAUCAACGCGGAAUACGUAGAAGCUUUGCAAAACGGAAAAGGACAUUCUGAACAUCUCCGUAAAUGGCGUUUAACCGGCGAAGUGGAAGCUGAGUUCUUGGAUUUUAGUAGCUGGUGCAGGUUUCCAAUAUACGAGGUAAAUUUCAGUUGGGGAAGGCCUGUUUGGGUAUGCACAACAAGUUUUCCGUACAAGAAUUUCAUUGUAUUGAUGAGCACCAAAUGUGGGGAUGGGAUUGAAGCUUGGAUUAACAUGCGUGAAGAAGAUGAUGAUAUAUAUAUGGGAGCAGGGUUAUGUACGUCAUCCAAUUAGAUAGAUAGGCUUAUUUCUACUAUCUAUCAGAGUUAGGUUUAUAAUGAGUA